AUGAUUUUCCUUCAAUUGCUUGAUCAAUUAAUUCACGAUUACACAAACGUCCUACACAUGCCAGAGUUUAAAGAUCUUGAUCACAAGCUUUUGUAUGAGUCUUUGCCAGAUCUAAUUACAAUUGUAAGCAAAUUUAAAGAUAGUGAAGAGUUGUUGAGUAUGUCUGAGUUCGUGAAGAGUAUUCAUGGCUUAACCCUUAAAUGUCAUGGGUUCUGUGGCUAUGCUACUAGUUAUACUCAUGGUAAUUCACUGUUACGAAAAUAUGUAAGGUCGCAUGGCAUGGGUGAAAAUCACACAGAUGAAGUGAAGUUUCUUUUGGAGGCAGGGUGCGACGUAAACACCGUCGAUCAAAAUGGAAAUACUCUAUUGCACAUGGCAGUCACUUUUAUGCCCAGGCACAACGACACUCAACAUUUCACUGACAUGUUGCAGAUUUUGUUGGAUGGAGGCGCUCAUCAUGAUUUUGUGAACAACGAUGGCAAAACACCCAUGGACAUGGCUCGAACUGAGGAAGCUCGCGUGAUUCUGUGUGAGAGGAAACAAAUGAAGUUAAAAUGCAUCUGCGCGAAAGCUGUAAAAAAGUUUUGCAGUCCUUAUUUGGCAAUGGGAGAGGUACCUGUUACACUUGGUAAAUUCCUAAGCAUGCACUAA